GACCGCGUCCAAGCGAGAUGCACAGAAUAAGGAGAUGCUGAAUACACAAAAUUGAUUACUCAGCACGGACACAAAAUUUAUCGCCGGUUAUUCCUGUCAACCACUUAACACAAAUCGGAUCUAUAUAUGUUCUGACAUAUGUUCUGACAAUUAAUCGUGCAGUAUCGUGUACUCUCAGUGCUCAUACGUGAAAUUUAAAAAAGUUGUGGUGGUGUAGUCUCAUUGUUGGUCUGAGUUUUUCGAGAGAGGUGUUGUAGAAGUGUGAAGAGAUGGCAGGUGACGAAUCAAAGGAGUCUAAGGAGAUGAAAAGCGCAGAUAGGAGAGUUGGGGUGGCGGUGGAUUUUUCGAAGGGCAGCAUGAAGGCGGUGCAAUGGCUGGUGGACAAUAUUGCUAGGAAGGGGGAUUACAUUAUACUGCUCAACAUUCGCCCUCCGGGUAAAUAUGAAGAUAACCAGAUGCAGCUCUGGAAAGCCUCGGGUUCUCCUUUGAUUCCUUCAAAAGACAUGUCAGACCCGGAUCUUAUGAAGAAAUACGGGGUGAAGCCUGAUGCAGAGACGCUGGAUAUAGUCAUGAAAGCCGCUAGUCAGAAAGAGUUUAUGGUAUUGAUGAAGAUCUACUGGGGAGACGCCAGGGAGAAGCUAUGCGAUGCUGUGGAUGAUAUUCCCCUCGACUGCCUUGUCAUUGGAAACAGAGGGUUCGGAAAAAUUAAAAGGUCUAAUUCUUCCAAAUUCAUUUAUCUUACAAAAAUUUGGCCGCGGGCGAUAAUGGGAAGUGUGAGCAACCAUGUGGUGAAUAGUGCUCAUUGCCCUGUGACUGUGGUGAAAGAGCAGCGUGAGUGA